AUCGUACCUGAAGUGGAGGAGGACCUAUGGCAUGCGUACAACCUCAUUGCUCCGCAUGACCAUGUGCAGAGCACCACGUUCAGGAAGGUGCAGAAGGAGACGGGAGGGGGCGGCAGUGAGUCGGAGAGGAUCAAGCUGAGGCUGGAAGUGACAGUGGAGGAAGUCGAUUUCGACGCAUCGGCACACGUCAUUCGAGUUCGCGGCAAAAACAUUACUGAGAAUGAGCAUGUGAAGCUAGGGUCAUACCACACACUGGAGCUGGAUCUGCAGCGGGCCUUCACACUCACCAAGGACGUGCGGGACUCAGUGGCUAUAGACCGACUCAAGGAGGCAUGGGGUGAGUGCAAGGACGUGUGGGACUCAGUGGCUCUAGACCGACUCAAGGAGGCAUGUGGUGAGUGCAAGGACGUGUGGGACUCAGUGGCUCUAGACCGACUCAAGGAGGCAUGUGCUCCUGUUUUGUGUGAACCUGUUGUUGUCCUUGGGUCCUAUCUUGUCCCCCUCCCUCGUCGUCCUCCUCUUCGCCUCCCCUACCUUCACCCUCCGUCUCGUCCCUUCCUUGUAUCCCCACAUCCCUUCCACAUCCCACUCUUUGGAUUCAGCAACGCGGAUGUGAAGACGAGGCGGCGCUAUGUGGAUUUGGUGGAGUCAGUGAGAGCGAAUGGCAGCCAAGUGUAUGUCUUCUUCCCACCCUCUCUUCCGCCUCUCCCCUCCCCCCCAAUCACCACCCCACACCUUGUUCCACAGCAAUGCGGAUGUGAAGAUGAGGCGGCGCUAUGUGGAUCUAGUGGAGUCGAGCUGGUGAAUCUUGCUGGGAUCGCUGCAAUUCUGCGCUUCCCACUGCCAGAAUUGGACGACAUGGAGCCCUAG